GCGGAGGAGGAGAGGGAGGAGCGGGAGCCACGGGAGAAGGAGCGGGGGGGCUCGUCAGGCAGGUACGAUCUUUGUCACGUUGUUUGGCAGAGGAGGAGCGGGAGAAGCGAGAGAAGGAGCGGGAGGAGGAGCAUGCAACGGCGGUCCAUCGGUCGUUUGGCGGAGGAGGAGCAGGGGAAGGAGGGGAAACCUUUUUUUCUUCUUUUUUUUUUCGUAGGAGAUGGCUAUGGAGGGAUCUUUGUCGCGUUGUUUGGCGGAGGAGCGGGAGAACUUGAAGGGGGGGAGCAACGGGAGAAGGAGCGGGAGGAGGAGGUACGGCAGGAGGAGCGAGAGGAGGAGGUGCGACAGGAGGAGCGCCAGGAGGAGCGGGAGAAGGGGCGGGAGAAGGAGCGCGAGGGGAAACAGGAAGGGGCAGAGGAGGUAGGAGGAGCGGGGGGAGGUACAAGAGGAGGAGAAGCGGCAGGAGCGGGACGAGGAGCGGGAGGAGGAGCGGGAGGAGGAGCGGGAGGAGCGAGAGGAGCGGGAGGAGGAGCGGGAGGAUUGGGAGGAGGGACGGGGGAGAGAGCAGGAGAACCAACCGGAGGAGGGGGAGCAAGAGGAGCAGGAGGAGCAGCAGGAGGGGGAGUGGGAGAAGGGGAGGGAGGAGGAGCGAGAGGAGGAGCGAGAGAAGGAGCGGGAGCCUUUUUUUCUUUUUUUUUCGUAGGAGAUGGCUACUUGGGGAUCUUUGUCAUGUUGUUUGGCGGAGGAGCAGGAGAAGGAGCGGGAGCAGCGGAAGGAGGAGCUGGAGGAGGAGUGGGAGUGGGAGGGGGAGGAAGAGUGGGAGGAGGAGUGGGAGGAGGAGCGGGAGAAGGAGCAGGACGGAGAACGGGAAGGGGUGGAGGAGCCGCAGGAGGAGGAGCAGGAGCCUUUUUUCUUUUUUUUUCGUGGGAGAUGGCUAUGGCGAGAUCUUUGUCACGUUGUUUGGCGGAGGAGGAGCGGAAAAAGGAGUGGGAGCAGCGGGCAGAGUGGGAGGAGGCGCGGGCGGAGGAGCAGGAGGACGGCAGGAGGAGCGGCGGGAGAAGCGGCAGGAGGGGCUGGAGAAGGAGUGUCAGGAGAAACGGGAAGGGGCGGAGAAGGCGCGGGAGAAGGAGCGGGCAUUCUGUUGCUGUCUCUCGAGAGGAAGGAUGACGGUGGUGACGAGACACGGGAGGGGGAGGGAAAUGGUGACGAUGAUUAGAGCGUUGACGAGGAGCAACUCAAGGGAACUAUUUUAUUUUAUUUUUUACUUUUCGAUGAUGGUCAGGACGAUGAUGAUGAUGAUGAUGGUCAUCAUUGCAGCAAUGAUGACCAGUGAGAAGCGUGGGGAAGGGGUAGGAGGAGAAAAUUGCAAAACAGAGGGGCUGGGAGAAGAAUCGUCAUGAUAAUCCUGAUGGUGGGGACAAGACAUAAGAAUGGGAGGAGGGAUGAUGGUAGGUACAAGACACGGGAAGGGCGAUCAUGAUCCAAAUGAGGAUGGGUUUGGGAGAUGAUGGUGUGGAUAGAGGCACAGAGGAGGGGACCAUGAACUGCAGCACUGAUCAUGAUGAUCACACUACAUGACGGGAGGGGACGAGAAGCAUCAUACAUGGACGAGGAUAAUGACGAUGGUAUGGAACGGGAGAUGAGCAUAUUCGACCCGAAGAAUAGGCGAAGAAAGUAGCAGUAGUGUUGAUCAGUUCGAUCAUGUUCUUUUUUUUUGUUUUACUUUGAUGAUCAUAUUUAUAAACAACAAAGUAACAAAUUGCCAACCGUCUU